GCUGACGUCAGCAGGUGUGACCUCAGUGUUUUUCUCAUAGACGCAGCGGCUGCCGGCGCCAUAUUGGAAGAAAAGAAUUGUUUCAUAAAACGCGUGAAACGUCGGAUUUGGCACCAUGUUGUACCUGGAGGAUUACCUGGAGAUGAUCGAGCAGCUUCCCAUGGACCUUCGCGACAGGUUCACGGAAAUGAGGGAGAUGGACCUGCAGGUUCAGAACGCCACGGAUCAGCUGGAGCAGAAAGUGAUCGAGUUCUUUGUCAACGCAAAGAAGAACAAACCCGAGUGGAGAGAGGAACAGAUGGAGGUUAUUAAAAAGGAUUAUUACAAAGCUCUGGAAGACGCAGAUGAAAAAGUUCAGCUUGCCAAUCAGAUUUAUGAUCUGGUGGACCGUCAUCUGCGGAAACUGGACCAGGAACUGGCCAAGUUCAAGAUGGAGCUGGAGGCAGACAACGCCGGCAUCACCGAGAUCCUGGAGAGACGGUCGUUAGAGAUGGACAGUCCGUCUCAACCCGUCAACAACCAUCACGCCCACUCCCACACCACCACUGAGAAGAGGAAGUACAGCGCUCCGACUCAUCACACCACAGAGCACGUUCCAGAGAAGAAGUUCAAAUCUGAAGCUCUGCUGUCGACUCUCACGUCAGACGCUUCAAAAGAAAACACGCCAGGCUGUCGCACCAACAGCACGUCCGCCUCCACCAACAACGUGUACAGUGUGAACCCGUCUCAGCCGCCGGCCUCCUACAGCCUGAGCUCGCUGCCGGCCGGGCCGGGCGCCGGCGCCGGGGCCAUCACCAUGGCAGCCGCUCAGGCGGUUCAGGCAACAGCUCAGAUGAAGGAGGGCAGGAGGACGUCCAGUCUCAAAGCAAGUUACGAGGCCAUCAAGAACAACGACUUCCAGCUCAGCAGAGAGUUCUCUCUGUCCCGGGACAACACUGGAUACUCCUCCUCUGCUCUGGCCUCCACCCUCACCCAGACCCUCACCCCCACCGCUGCCUCCGACUCCAGGGGGCGCAAGUCCAAAAGCAGCAUCAAGUCUUCAAAUCAUCAGUCGUCUUCGUCGUCCUCCUCUUCCUCUCUGUCAUCGUGCUCGUCAUCAUCAGCGUUGGCCCAGGAGCUUUCCCAGCAGGCCUCAGCGCUACCUGAGGCCGAAGCCAACAGUCAGGUGGACUGGACCUACGACCCCAACGAGCCCCGAUACUGCAUCUGUAACCAGGUUUCUUAUGGAGAAAUGGUCGGCUGCGAUAACACAGAUUGUCCCAUCGAGUGGUUCCACUACGGCUGCGUCGGCCUGACGGAGGCGCCCAAGGGGAAGUGGUACUGUCCUCAGUGCACGGCCGCCAUGAAGAGGAGAGGCAGCCGCCACAAAUAGACUCACUGCUCUGUCCGCCAUGUUGGAUUUUAACCUUGUAACCACAUGCAGAACCAUAGAGGUCAGAGGUCAACGGGCUGCUCACACAGCGGCUCACUGAUUCAAGUCUUUGUGCCAACAAACGGAUCGAAGCCACAAGAAGGAAAAUAAAUCUAAUGACUCAAAAACUAAGAUCAUUUAUCUUUUAAGACCGGAUUUAUUCUCAGAUUUCCAAUUUAAUUAUCAAGAAUAAAUUUAAUCUGACGUGAUUAAUCAUUUGAUCAGAUGAAUCUAGGAUUCAUUUGAUCGUUUCAUGUCUGAGGCUACGUUUGGUUCCACAACAUGAAAGUUACAACUCCCCCUCCGUCCAGUCAACGACUCAUUAAGACGGUUUAACGACGGACAAACAGGAAACUUGACAUUUACAAUUAAAUGUUGAAAAGUAGAAAUAAUUGGCUGGACGAAGAGUUUCAUGUCUUCACCUGACGGAUGAAAUUCCGAAACUUUAUCUCGCAAUAUAUGAUCUCCAUGAUCAAUAUAUAGAUUUUGUUUAUGGGGCGGUUUUAGUUUGACUGAGGAUCCCACACACAGAUCACCUGGUCAGGAGGAAGGUCAGAGGUCAACCUUCCUGGAUCAGGUUGCACAUUUGGUUAGUCGAGAGGAGGAGGAGCCUUUUACCUUCUGUGAGAACUUUGUGAAUAUGAGAUCGAAACAGGAGCUCGGUUCUGAGAUUCAUCUAUAAAAAAAAAAGUCAUCUCUGUUUUUCCUGUGAUCUUAAAUUUAAAUUCAAAUAAGAUUUGAUAGAAUAAAGUCAGGAUUAGUAAAACUCUCUAAUCCAGAUUCAUAUUUAAUUAAUCCAGGUCUAGAUAUUUCACACUCCAAAUUCAGUUUCUCUCUAUUUUUAUGAAGUUAAAUAUAUUCAGAUUUAAUUAAACAAAUGUAAUAAUCCUGACUUUAUUUUAAUAAGAUUUGUUUUGUUCUAAUUUUAUUGACCGAAUUUCCGUCUUAGAUUUAGAUCUUUAACGUCCAGAUGUUGACGUGUCAGAUGUUUUUUAUCUGGGUGUAAUCUCCAGAUGUUCCUCCUCACGUGAAUCGACAGGAGCCUGAGUGACCUUCAGGACGUCGUGUCUGUGUGUGUCUGUGUGUGUCUGUGUGUGUCUGUGUGUGUCUGUGUGUGUGUUCAGUCGCUCUGCACUGAUGCCUGUUUCCACGGAUGUGUAAAGAAAAAGUCCAAUAAAAUGGUUGAUUUGUUUCUAA